CUUGUACCUUUUGAGCCUCAUUAUGCGCAGCCCAUAAUAAGAGGCACCGGUUAGGUAUGUAUCGGGAUUGCAAGGGUUAGUCGUGUUGUGGCAGGGCGCCGGCAGGUGUCGCGCCAAUAAGCAAUAGGACUGGCUUCCAAUAGACAAAUUAUUGUGGAGCUUCCUUGUGAGAGACAUUUGCUCAUCUCUUAGACCCAAAAUAUAAGGCAGUACAGGAGAUGUAGUCGCCAGCUCAAUAACCUCAAGCUGUUCUAAUGGGAAUUGGUGCCUUCCUCGUUGAUUUGGCGGCGGUGCUUCAUGCCUCCCGGUCAGUUGCCUCAAAGCAUGUUGCCUUGAGAGCGCGCCAGCUUGGCCGGUACAGCCAAACUUUGAGCAUCGCCGCAAGUCUCCGUGCGCAACAAAGGAGCUCGGUGCCGCCCUCGAAGGAGUUAAUAUCCCGCCAGGAUGACCGAGUCAACCAAGCGCCCGUUCAUCAGGAUAGGGAACCUUCCCGGCCGGAGUUAGUCGAGGCGUCCAUUGAGCAGCCAGUCACCUCACCAUUAUCGGAGAGGCUACGCGUGGAGAACUUGCAGCCUAGAUCUAGUCCCCGAGCGACCCAUUCUCCAUCCCUGUCUGUGUCGAGCCCGGUUCUACAGCAGAAAACUGAGGAGCAAGCGCAACUUAAGGCAACGACAGAUGGGUCAGCGCGAUCGCAGUUUGUUUCUGCGCCAUGGGCUACUAUCAGUGGUGGCCCUGUUCACCAGACUUCUCCCGCCGCUCUGAAAGGGCGAGCGGGACUGAAUGACAGCCAGAAUGUGGGACAGGAGGGUGUGGAACCGGUUCCGGCUGACAUCGAUGUCAACAUCUUCCGUACUACUCGGGGGUCGAAGAUCCUCGGGUCGUUCAAAGUGCCCAAGCCAGGGCUUUCGCACAGCAACAGCAAGGGGGAACGUCAGACUCCUCCCGUAGCUGCAUCUGGUUUGGGCCCUGAGAGGAUACCUGCCGGAGAAGGAGGGCGCCCGAAACCACCUUCACAGCCAACCGAAGGUUCGUUGCAUGUCAGCCAGCAAGAUCAAGCCUCAGAGAGUCGCGCACAGAAAGAUGCGUCGGUUGAAGGCGAGCCCGAGCCCACCCAGGUAUCAACGGCAACUGGUGCCCCAUUUAUGGUCACAGAGGAGGAUGCAGCUUCAACUGGUGCCAACUCUCCUCGACAGGCGGCAAUCGAAAAUCCGGCCAAAGCGGAAAAAGAACUGUCCCAGGAAGAAGCGGAAAUUAUAGGUGACCUCAUAGGCCAAAGCCCAGCACCGGCCUACCAGCUUCGAGAGUCGAAGGUACCAGCAACGCGGUUAAGCAGGCUUUGGAACUACGGCGGUUUGGCCGCCGGCAUGUUCGCCGGCGCGGUCGGCGAAGGUCUCAGCCGGGCGGUUGGCGGCGGUGGCCAGGGUUCCGUGAUGCUCAGUGCCGGAAACAUGGAGAGACUAGUCGCCAAGUUGUCCCGCAUGCGCGGCGCGGCUCUCAAGAUGGGCCAGAUGAUGAGUUUCCAGGACUCAAAGAUGCUACCUGCUCCAAUACAGGAAGUGCUGCAACGGGUACAGGAUCGCGCGGACUACAUGCCUUCGUGGCAGCGGGACCGGGUUCUGGUCCAGAACCUCGGGAGUGAAUGGAGGGAGUUGUUCGCCACUUUUGAGGAGAAGCCCAUGGCUGCUGCAUCCAUUGGUCAGGUUCAUCGGGCAACUCUCCGGUCCAAUGGCGCAGAAGUUGCUGUCAAGAUCCAAUUUCCAGGAGUUGCGGACUCGAUCAACUCGGAUCUCGAUAACCUGGGCAUUCUCCUGGCAGCCACCCGAUUGUUGCCAAAGGGGCUGUAUCUGAACAAGACCAUUGACAAUGCUCGCACCGAGCUCGCAUGGGAAUGCGACUACGAGAGAGAGGCCAAGUGUGCCCAACGAUACCGUGAACUACUCUCUGACGAGAACGAUGUGUUCCUGGUCCCAAAGAUCUACCCCGAGGCCUGUGGGAAACAUGUCCUGACUAUGGAGUACAUGGAAGGCACCGGGGUGACGCGAGUGAACUCAUUCACCCAGGAACAGCGGGAUUGGAUCGGCGCCCAGAUCCUGCGACUGUGUCUCCGGGAAAUCACGGAGUUCAAGUUCAUGCAGACGGAUCCCAACUGGACAAACUUCCUCUACAAUGCUGAGAAGAACAAGCUUGAGCUUCUCGACUUCGGCGCCUCGCGAGAGUAUCCGGACCAGUUCAUCUCCCUCUACGUCCGACUGCUCGAAGCGGCAUCGAGGUCGGAUAGAGAGGCUGUCAAAACUCUCUCCGAAGAACUGGGGUACUUGACUGGGCACGAGAGCAAAGCCAUGGUCGAUGCCCAUACCACCUCUGUCCUCACCCUGGCCGAGCCGUUUUUGCAGUCUGCCCCCGAGGUCUACGAUUUCAGAGACCAGACGAUCACGGAUAGGGUCAAAGCCCAGAUCCCCAUCAUGAUCCAUGAGCGUCUAGCUCCGCCCCCUGAGGAGACAUACAGCUUGCACCGAAAGCUCAGCGGUGCCUUCUUAUUGUGUGCCAGGUUGGGCAGUAGGGUGAGGUGUCGAGAUAUGUUCGAACAAGCCCUCAAGAAGACUGAUCUCAUCUCCAAAUGAGUAGACGAUACCGUUGUAUAAUAGCUACUAUGUAGUCAGUGUAGAAUACUGGGAAAGGUUGAGGCCAUGUACAUAUAGCAGAAGUAACCCCGGAAACACCGCUCAAGCAAGGGCAUAGAGGAUAGACGAAAAGCCGAGUUUCCUUUUUUGCAAGUUCAA